GGGAGGGACGUGGGCUACCAGGCGCUGAACGGGACGUGCAACCGGCUGGCCCGGCUCCUGAGGGAGAGGGUGGAGGCGGGGAGGCGGGAGGAUCCGCUGGUCGCGGUCUGCAUGGAGCCGUCCCACCUCCUCGUGAUCUCGCUGAUGGCCGUCUUGAAGACCGGAUGCUCCUAUCUCCCGCUGGACCCGAAGUUCCCGGCCGAGCGGAUCAGCCACAUCCUUCGGGAUGCGGAUCCCAUCUGCGUCCUCAAGUCUGGGGAAUCCAGGGGCCUGGAAGAGGGGAAAGGGUUUCACCAGGUGUACGACGUCGAGUCGCUGCUGAAAGAGAGCAAGGACCUGGAACCGGAAGACUUGCCGGAUGACAUGCUGAUACCGAUCAAGAACGAAGACCGUCUGGCAGCCGUGCUUUACACAUCCGGCAGCACUGGCGUCCCAAAGGGCGUCCGCCUCCCCCACCGAGUCGUCCUGAAUCGACUCCAUUGGCAAUGGGAGACGUUUCCCUACGGGGAGGACGAGGUCUGCUGCUUCAAGACGGCCUUGACCUUCGUGGAUUCAAUCUCGGAGAUUUUCGGGCCGCUGUGCCAGGGGAGGAGCCUGGUGGUCGUCCCGAGGGAGAUCAGCCAGAACGUGCAGGAAUUCCUGGAGGAGAUCCGGGAGAACGAGGUCCGGCGGUUGGUCCUGGUCCCGACGCUCCUACAGGCCAUCGUUUUAUACAUCAGGUCGACGAAGGCCUGGGACGCGGUGGGGAGCCUGAGGCUCUGGGUCUGCAGCGGGGAGACCCUCUCCAAGAAGGCGCUGAUGGACUUCUUCCAACUUUUCCCCGAGGGCCACACGCUCUGCAACUUCUACGGGAGCACGGAGGUGAUGGGCGACGUCGCCUGGGAGGCCUUCCGCUCCCGCCCGGAAGCUCUCGCCAAGACGCGAACGGGGAAGGUCUCCGUCGGGCGACCCGUGCACAACACGAGCAUAUACGUCCUCGACGGCGACCUGCGACCUGUCGCGGAGGGCGACAUGGGCGAGAUCUUUGUCGCCGGCCGGAACCUGGCCGCCCUCUACGUUCGCGUCGGCGCCGCGGGGAAAUUCCUCGCGAAUCCCUACAUCGCGGAAGGGGAGGACUACUCCAUCCUGUACCGGACCGGGGACUACGGGCGGGUCGUGGACGACCGGGUCGUCUUCGAGGGGCGGACCGACUCCCAGGUGAAGGUGAGAGGCCACCGGGUCGACCUGUCCGAGAUCGAGGCCGCCCUCUCCAAGGUCCCCGCCGUGGCCAAGGCCACCGUGCUCUGCUACCAUCCGGGGGGACUCGAUCAGGUG